UGAGUGCCCAGUUUAGCCACCCAGAACCGGGAACAUUCUAUAUAUUCAUAUUUUGGUGAAUGAGACCGCUUCUUUCUUUCAUUCAUUCUUACUCAUCUCUCCGUCCGCCAUGUCUAAUUGUCUGAAGCUGGCCACUGUCCCUUGCUCCUUUUCCUCUCAUCGGCAGGGUAGCAACCACUUCUCCAGCCGGAGAGUCUAUAUCGGUUCUUCUUUCCCGUUUCGGCCACGGAAGCUGAGCCAUUCGGAAAUCAAUCAUACCCAAUUUCGGCAGUUUUGCUCAGUUAACGGAGGAGACGACAUUGAUGCUCGUAAUUUGUCAGAUACCCAAAGUGGCUCCCUUGAACAUGAAGGUUCGCCUGAAAAGGAUGCUACUGGCCAAGGAGUACUGCCCAAAUCCAACGAGAUGAUAAAGAAACUGAGGAGAUAUGGCAUUGCUGGAGUAUUAUCCUAUGGGCUACUAAAUACUGCUUACUAUCUUACAACAUUUCUCGUGGUCUGGUUUUAUGUUGCUCCAGCACCUGGAAAGAUGGGUUACCUUGCUGCUGUUGAAAGGUUUCUCAAAAUUUUGGCCAUGGUGUGGGCUGGAAGCCAAGUUACUAAGAUUUUCAGGGCUGGAGGGGCACUUGCACUUGCUCCAUUCGUGGACAGAGGAUUAACAUGGUUCACCAUCAAAUUUAAAUUUGAGUCUCAGGGCAAGGCCUUCAUGGUGAUUGUUUCGUGCUGUUUAGGACUUGCAGUCUUGUUAUUUUUUUCUAUCACUUUGCUUUGGGCUUGAAGCUGUAUGUUAAUUUUUUUUUUGGUCUAAGCAAAGAGGGGAUAACAAUAAAGGGAUCCAUAUGUAACAUUGCCAUCAUCAAAAUUUAUUUUAGAUGUUGUUAAUGCCUAACUCAGUCACAGUGGCACGGCAGGUUGCUGUCUUCUUGGUUAACUGCUUACCUCUAUUUGAUAAUUGUAACACGUAUAUCUCAUGUUUCAAGGGAAAAAAACUUGAAUUUACUCAUAAUGAUAUCAUUUCAUCCACAAUUUGAAAGAUUGUGGUCCAAUUUUACACAA